AUGGCUCUCUCACUACAGCGUCAAACCGAGCUCCGCAACAUACUGGUACUAGGCCAAACCUACCCUGUUAUCUCCCAAAAAUUAUCCAUCGCACCUUCUACCAUCUCUAAAUACAAAAAAAAAAGACCCGCCGUCGCCUUGUCCACUGUAUCCUAUCUGGACGGGCCGACACAGCACCUGAAGUCAAGCGGCUGCUUGGACUUCGAGUUAGUAAUCAAACAAUCAGAAAUGUCCUCAGAGCAGCCCACCUCCGAGCACGCACUAAAGCAAAGAAGGCCCUACUCACCAUUGGCCACCGAUACUGACACCCCAGAUGACUGGGCACGCAUCAUUUUUUCAGAUGAAAUGAAGAUUAACCGAAUGGGAUCGGAUGGUCGCCGCUAUUGCUGGAAGGCACCCGGGGAGGAGCUCUCGAGGCGUACAGUCCAGGCCACUGUCAAGCAUGGUGGUGGGUCUGUAAUGGUGUGGGGCUCGAUGACGAUGAAAGGAGUGGGGAGAAUGUGUUUCAUUGAUGGAAUUAUGGAUGCGACAAAGUACGUCAAAAUUUUGGACCAGCAUUUGCUCGCUACAGCCCGGGAACAUUCGAUGCACCGUAGUGGGUUCACCUUCCAGCAAGACGGGGACCCAAAGCACACGUCAGCCAAAGCCCGCAACUGGUUUCAAGAUCAUCGUGUCAAUGUCUUGAAGUGGCCAGCGCAGUCCCCAGACCUCAACCCCAUCGAGCACUUGUGGGACCAUCUGAAGCGACGCCUCAACUCUUAUGAGGACCACCCAUCAAGCAUCCAUGAGCUUGAGCGGAGGAUUGAGGUGGAAUGGAAUAAUAUCGAUCCAGAG